AAGAAGAAAAUAGAAGGGAAUUUCGGGGUUGCGGAGCGACGGCGGAUUCCGAGCGGGGCCUAGCGAGUGCUUGAAGCGGGUGCAGGUGGCGGAGAGGGAGCCUGGUCUCGCGUAUGCGGCGAGGUGACGUUGGAGGGCGGGCGUGUUUUUGUUUCUGAGAUCAUGGCUGCAGAGAAUGACAACUUAGUAUGAAUGAGGAAGAGCAGGAAGAAGAUGGGCCACUGUGAUAUACUCAUUGAAAAGAGCAAUCGAAAGUCAUCUUUGUCUUGUUGCUGUUCAGGAAGGAAUUCUUCUACAGAAGCAGUGCAUAACUUACUACAAGAGGCAAAUUAAACUGGUGAUCAUGCUGCUAAAUUGAUAAUGUGGACUCCUCAUGUCAUCUGCUUUCUGGUUUUGGGGUUUUGGCAUCGGUGAUGAGAAAUGGGGUAUGAUGUAGCUCGCUUUCAAGGGGAUGUUGAUGAAGAUCUUGUAUGUCCCAUCUGCAGCGGGGUCUUGGAGGAGCCAGUACAGGCUCCUCAUUGCGAGCACGCCUUCUGCAAUGCCUGCAUCACCCAGUGGUUCUCCCAACAACAGACUUGCCCCGUGGACCGAAGUGUUGUGACCGUGGCUCACUUGCGGCCUGUUCCUCGGAUCAUGCGUAAUAUGCUAUCUAAGCUGCAGAUCACAUGUGACAACGCUGUUUUUGGUUGUACCGCUGUAGUGCGACUUGACAACCUGAUGUCUCACCUCAACGACUGUGAACACAAUCCAAAGCGGCCUGUGACUUGUGAGCAGGGAUGUGGCUUGGAAAUGCCCAAAGAUGAGUUACCGAAUCAUAACUGCAUCAAACACUUGCGGUCAGUGGUGCAGCAGCAACAGACAAGGAUAGCUGAGUUGGAAAAGACUUCAGCAGAACAUAAGCACCAGCUAGCAGAGCAGAAACGUGACAUUCAGUUGUUGAAAGCAUAUAUGCGAGCGAUACGUAGUGUCAAUCCCAACCUGCAGAAUUUGGAGGAGACUAUUGAAUAUAAUGAAAUCCUAGAGUGGGUGAACUCCUUGCAGCCAGCCCGAGUGACACGAUGGGGCGGUAUGAUUUCUACACCAGACGCCGUACUUCAGGCCGUCAUCAAGCGUUCAUUGGUGGAGAGUGGCUGCCCCACAUCCAUCAUCAAUGAGUUGAUUGAAAACGCCCACGAACGGAACUGGCCACAGGGCCUGGCCACGCUAGAAACCCGCCAGAUGAACCGGCGCUAUUAUGAAAACUAUGUGGCCAAACGCAUUCCGGGCAAGCAGGCUGUGGUGGUGAUGGCCUGUGAGAAUCAGCACAUGGGUGAGGAGAUGGUGCUAGAGCCAGGCCUGGUUAUGAUAUUUGCACACGGAGUGGAGGAAAUCUAAAGACUUAGCAGAGAUGAUGAACGAAUGUGCUUGAGAGAAAAAAAUAUACCAUGUCCAAGCUGACUGAUCUUGCCCCGCUGUGCCGUGUCAGGGCAUUAUUUCUCUCUGUUGAUUAACACACUGCUUCCUAAUUAUACUGGGCAGGUGCCCAGCAACUUAUGCAAGAUGCCGUGCUGCAUUUCCCCCACCCCACCCCCUUGUGAUAAUCCCACUCCGGUUUGAUGUUGGCGCAGGUUUCCAAAUGUCUUCAUAAAAGCACAAGAAACUCCUCUGUGCUCCGGUAAGUGGGCUUCUGCCGUAAAUGUCUUUAGAGAAGUCUUCAAUCACCUGACAUGAGUGCAUUGGCCCAGAUGACUUGGUUUCUCUUUAAAGCAUCUCUGUGCAGGGCACAGGCCGUUUCCAUCUUGGCCCAUAGCAUCUGACUUUCACACGGUACCUUUAAGGCACAACUUUGCAGCCUUUUUUGGGGUGGGGUGAAUGGACGAGGAAGAGUACAUGAGAAGGCAGAUGCCAAACUUGGGGGUGCAAGUAAUGCCAAAUAAAAUAUACAUACCAGUAGUGAUGUUUUUGGCGUACAAAGUGUUAUGGAGCCAAAAAACCCGACAGGAUAAUUUCUGCAACUUCCUUGAGAUGCGUGGCCUUACGUUGCACAGGAGACAACCCUUCCUUUUCAGAUAGGGCCUGGUUUUCAACUGAAUUAGCAUUUUUAGCAAUGUGCUGUUGCUGCUGCUGCUGGUGCAGAAUUAAAUGCACAUCUCCUCGCAGAACCCAGAUGUCAUCUUCCUCCUCGUACUCUCAAAGUGCCGCUGGAGAGGUCAGGUUCUAUGCUGACUUCGAUCCUUUCUCAUAGGAUGCAAGCCUUCAAGCAGAUGCUCUGCUCAGUUUGAACAGAACCAGGCUCCUCUGAAUUGUGUGUGCCAUUUAAGGUUGUAUCAACUUCGUGACCUUGCAAAGAAAAUGGAAAAAAAAUGAAAUUAACCUGGAUGAAACUGUCUUGUCAUUGUAUGUUGGCUGUUUUGAUAAAUCUGUGUUUUGUUUUGUUUUUUGACAUCUU